AUGGCCAAAUUUGAUUGUCCAAAUCCCGUAACCAUUGACAUCAUCAGCCUAAUUUCGCUGAGUCACGACUUCUUGGAUGUUUACCACAGUCUUCCGCCUCGCCUUGUGGCCCUGGAGGAGUGGAAGCUACGCGAUGCCAAGGCAGUGGUCGGCCACAACCUGUCGCUCAUUGCCCUGGAACUAGAGAUCAUGGGCGGAAAUGCCUUCGCGCAGGAGUAUGGUGCCCUACCAGCCCAAGAGCUUCUUCAGCGGCAGCUCCGUCCAAGAAUGCGAAACUGGGUUUUCGUGACGGCUAUCCGCGAUCCAUGGUCAAGAUUCUGGAGCCAGCUCAGGUAUGAGCUCGCACCCUGCAUUGCCACAACGCAGGAACUUGCAGUCUGCAUGGCUGGCAACCAUCAUCUCCUAGGCUGGUGGUGGUCUCCUACCGCACACAUCGACAGUGUCCUUGGGGUGCCAGGUUUUCGGCUUUCCGAAAGCCCGCAUGUCUACUCGGAGAACUACUACACGCGAGUUCUGCUAAAUCGCACAGACAUGGAGGGCCCGAAGCUGACGAAGGGUGACUACCAAUUAGCCAAGUCGCUGCUUUUCGACCGCAUGUCCACAGUCAUCAUCACUGAGGACUUUGCAAGAAGUGCCUUGCAGCUUGCCUGCACGCUAGGCCUCGACUUGGAGACAGCUCAGCCGCUGCUGCGGACGCGAGUGAGACCGUACGAGCUGCACCAAGCUAUGCUGGACAUUCCAACAGAGUCUGAGCUGGGACCCAGUGAUGUUGAAGCUUUGAGGCAGAGAUUCGCGAAGAAAAACAGCUUCGACUACAGCCUCUACUCCCACGCCAAGCGUCUGUCCAAUGCGCGCUUGGCAAAGUGCGCCCGCAGAAACAGCCGGGUGGCUGAGCUAAGGAACGCACCAAUCCAGGAAGAGCCAUCAUUUCCGCCCCCUCCCACCGAACACCCCCAGCUUUCUGUAGACGACCUAUUCGGAUGCAUCAAUGGUAGCGUGGUUGAGACAGCGGAUGGACAAUACAUGCUACAUUGUCCCAGAAGUGUCCAGCAGAGAAGGGAUUCUUGGUGGUCGGAAAUUGGCUCACCGAAGCGGCAAUUGGGGCAAAGACUACCGGGUGAUCACUGCUGGAAGCAAGGCUUUACCUAUGAAACUUGCUGUGAUAUCCUUGCUUUUGGGCCAGGGGGGAAUCCCAGUUGCUGGGACCAGGCCCACAACUUCACAACAUGCUGCGAAGAAGCACUGGCGAUGGCGGAGAGUCAAACAAAAGCGGUGCUUGUGCGAUUCUUCAUGUGA